AUUUUUGGGUCAGUGACAGUGUUUCAAUGGCCGCAGAUGCAUCGCAAAGGAAGGCUCUGAGAUACCAACAGACCGUGCUAUAUGGAGAGUACAGAGAGCACCCUGGUGGGUCCCAGCGGAGAGAGGCCACUCGCCUUCUGAUGGAGAGACAGAGGAAAAAACAUGAACAUCACCACCAUCCCAGUCACCAUGGGCGCAGUCACAGCCGAAGUCGCCAGCACAGCCGCCACCAUCGGGAGCUGGACGUAAGCAGCACUCAUGACAGACAUGAGGAGGAGCAGGGCCACACAUCCUCAUUCAAGAAACGCCGAUCCUACUCCAAGUGCAGAGACUGUGUGGCUCGAGUACAGAAGUUCCUCAUCUCUAAAUUGGGAGAAGACUGGAUCUUUCUAGUGUUGCUGGGUAUUACAAUGGCAUUAGUUAGCUGGACCAUGGAUUAUGCUAGUGCCAAGAGUCUGCAAGCAUAUAAGUGGUUUUAUGGGGAGUUGAGGGGAAAUAUCCCGCUGCAGUACCUGAUCUGGGUCUUCUAUCCCAUGGUGCUUAUCCUGUUUGCCUCCCUGUUCUGCCACCUGGUUGCUCCUCAGGCCAUUGGCUCUGGUAUUCCAGAGCUGAAAACCAUACUCAGAGGCGUUGUGCUGAAGGAGUAUCUGACACUCAAGGCAUUUAUUGCAAAGGUGGUGGGGCUCACUGCUGGUCUGGGCAGCGGUUUGCCAGUUGGCAAAGAGGGUCCCUUUGUUCACAUAGCCAGUAUCUGUGCAGCUGUGCUCAGCAAGUUCAUGUCUUUCUUCUCUGGAGUCUAUCAGAGCCCAUAUUGUUAUACAGACAUCCUCACAGUGGGCUGUGCUGUGGGGGUCGGGUGCUGUUUUGGAACCCCUCUUGGAGGUGUUUUGUUCAGCAUUGAAGUGACAUCAACCUAUUUUGCUGUGAGAAACUACUGGAGGGGUUACUUUGCUGCCACAUUCAGUGCUUUUAUUUUCAGAGUGCUGUCUGUGUUUAAUAAGGAUGCAGUCACCAUCACUGCUCUCUUCCGCACCAACUUCCGCAUGGAUUUUCCUUUCGACCUGCAGGAGCUCCCGGCGUUUGCCAUUAUUGGCAUUUCUUGUGGGUUCCUGGGAGCUUUCUUCGUUUACCUGAACCGCCAAGUUGUCCUGUUCAUGAGAAGACCUAACAUUCUCACACGAUUCCUUACAAAUCACCGGCUGAUUUUCCCUGCUGUUGUGACCUUAGUCAUUACGACACUGACAUUCCCUCCAGGCUUUGGGCAGUUCAUGGCUGGAGAGCUGAUGCCCAGGGAGUGCAUCAACUCUCUGUUUGAUAACUUCACCUGGACUAAAAUAUGGGGUUCCUCGCUCCCUCCUGGUCUUGGUCGCUCUGCUGUGUGGUUUCACCCUGAUGUCAGCAUCUUUGUCAUUCUUAUUCUCUUCUUUAUCAUGAAGUUCUGGAUGUCUGCAGUUUCCACCACGAUGCCCAUCCCGUCUGGAGCUUUCAUGCCUGUCUUUGUAUUGGGUGCCGCAUUCGGUCGAUUAGUGGGUGAGAUCAUGGCUACUCUCUUUCCUCACGGUAUCCUGUUUGAUGGAAUACUGUACCGCAUCAUCCCUGGAGGGUACGCUGUCAUUGGUGCGGCGGCGCUGACAGGGGCUGUCACUCAUACUGUUUCCACGGCGGUGAUUUGCUUCGAGCUGACAGGUCAGAUCUCUCACAUCCUUCCCAUGAUGGUCGCCGUCAUCCUGGCCAACAUGGUAGCGCAGGGUCUGCAGCCAUCGCUGUACGACUCCAUCAUCCAGGUCAAGAAGCUCCCCUAUCUCCCCGAGCUGGGCUUCGGCCACAUAAGCCAGUAUAACAUCUUCGUGGAGGACAUCAUGGUGAGGAAAGUGAAGUUUUUAUCUUCCCACUCAACAUACAGACAAGGACUGCAUUUGCUGGACUCGAACUCUUUAAAAACCUUCCCGCUGGUCGACUCAAAAGAAUCUAUGAUUCUAUUGGGCAGCAUUGAGAGGUCUGAGCUUCUCGCCCUCUGUGAUUGGUGGCUGUCAGCAGAGAGGCGGAUCCUAACACAAGGACAGAGCUCACAAGGUCAAGUGCCUUGUGCCAAAAUCAGCUGGGAAUCCUUUGCCUUUGUUGAUGAGGAGGAAGAGGAGAAUGAAGAUGAUACGACGAUACCAGUUCAAGAGGAAAGAAACGGUCCUGUGCCUCCAUCCAAAUCUUCUGAACCAUCCACCAAUCACACGUCUCCCGAUAAGGGUCCUUCCCAGUCUUUCGGGAGAAUUUUACGUGACUUUUUUUCAUCCUCUUCAAAACGACACACAGAAGGUCAGCCACAGGAGCCUUAUCCUCCACCUUUAACUGACACAAUGACACCAGAACAGAUCAAAGCCUGGGAGGAGACAGAGAUGGACAAACCUCUAGAAAUCAGUCAGAUCAGAAUAGACCCCUCCCCCUUCCAGCUGGUGGAGAGAACGUCACUACAUAAGACUCAUACCCUGUUCUCUCUACUGGGCCUCAGUCAUGCCUAUGUAACCAAUACUGGAAAACUAGUGGGAGUCGUGGCUCUGAAAGAGCUCCAAAAAGCCAUUGAGGGCUCCACGCGCAGUGGUGUGCGCUUGCGCCCCCCUCUUGCCAGUUUCCGUGACACAAUUCGUAAAGCUUCGAAGCCACCUCCAGCCUCCUCCCCUCCAUCCUCUCCCGGCUCCACCAAAGCUCCUUCCUCACCUUUGUCUGAUCCCGUGGUCCCUCACGCCCAUUCCCCGAACCCAGCGCCCCCAGUGAAGGAAGAAAAGGAGGAGAUGGAAGUGUGGAUUGAAGGCGUGAAUCGGGAAGUGAUUGUACGGAAUAUCAGUAGCUCGACAACAGGAAGCAGUAGAGGCAGCAGCAGCAGUAACGGGACAGGAAGUAGUGACAGUGAGAAAGGAAGUCCUGAUAGCAGCCCAAACCUGCCGCCCUCUUCUCCUCCACCCCCCAUCCCUCUCUCCCCUCUGCAGCCCGUCCCGGAGAACAAGGAAGGUGAAGAAGAGGAGCCCCUUUAGAACAAGUAAAGUUUGUUAUUCUUUCUGAAGUGUGAUCGGUGUACUUUUUUCACAUUUAUUUUUAUAUAACAAUUUCAUGUUUU